UGUGCUUUCCUAAAAACACUAUCAACUUGGGAAAUAGACUCUUGCUUUGUUUCUUCUUCUUCAUCUUCAUAUCCUUAUCUUUCUUCCACUCUCGGUCUUCUUCUUCAUCACAGUCUCAAAGAGAAACCCAGAGAGAGAUAUAGAUAGAUAGAUAUAUAUAUAUAUAUAUAUAUAGAGAGAGAGAGAGAUGGGAAAUUGUCAGGCUGUGGAUGCAGCAGCACUGGUUAUACAGCAUCCUAGUGGGAAGAUGGAGAGGAUGUAUUGGCCGAUAAUGGCGAGUGAGGUGAUGAAAACCAACCCGGGCCACUACGUUUCUCUCAUAAUACCUCUGCCCAUCGCCGCCGGCGAUGAGAAUUCCGACGACAAAACCGUCAGGUUCAGCCGUGUCAAGCUUCUCAGGCCUACUGAUACUCUGGUUCUGGGCAGGGCUUAUCGCCUAAUUACUACUCAAGAGGUGGUGAAGGUCCUGAAAGCUAAAAAGUAUGCAAAGAUGAAGAAGACAGAUUCACAGAAACAGAGUUCAGGCUGUGAAGUAGAAGUAGAAGAAGAAGAAGAAAGGAAAAACAAUCAAGGCAUGAGACAUGAAAAACGUAGGCAGAUGGGUGGGGCAACGAAGCUGGGUGGCGGUGGGUCUAAAUCCUGGCGUCCUUCAUUGCAGAGCAUUUCUGAAUCUGCUGCUGCAGCUGGGAGCUGAUGAGGGAUGGUUGGUUCUGAAAUUUCAAUGGAAGUUUAAAUCCAAAAACUCUGAUCUUAAUUGAGAUGGAAGAUGAGUAGUUGUGUAUAGCUAAAAGGAAAAUGAAAAAACAUGCCUGAGAACCAACACAGAUCAGAUCAGAUCAGAUCAUACUAAAAUGGAAAUUGUGUUGGACACUUUUUCACAUGUUCUUCAAUUGAUUGACACCACAAUUAUUGUAGCUUAGCUAGAUUCAAUUUAGAAGAUCACUCUUGAUAGUUGUUAAUACAUAUGCAAUUCAGUUUUUAUUA